AUGAAUUUCUCCGUUAGUACCAAGAAAGAGUGGUUUGCAAGUAUCCUCGCGCAUCGCUAUGAGACUGUGCGCGCUUCCAUGAAGAAGUUCAGCAAGUCCACAGACGUGGAUGGGGAAACUGGGCUCAUGUUGGCCACUCGCAACAGCGAUAUGGAAAUGAUCCGGAUUCUCAUGCCCGUUGAGGCGAAGCUCACCAAUAAGGAUGGGCUGACCGCAUUAAUGAUUGCUGCGAUGCUUGAUAACAAGGAUACGUGUGAAGUCCUUGCAAAGGUGGAGAGUGACGUCAUCCUCAAGGAUGGCCAGAAUGCACUUAUGAUCGCGGCUGCUAAUGGCUCUCUUUCCGCUACCAAAAUGCUCCUGCGCCACAUACAGUACGUUACAGACGAUCUGGGGUGGACGGCUCUUGACCACGCAGCAAACGGAGGACAUCUCAAGUGCGUGCAACUGCUUGUUGCAGAAGUCCCGUCCCUUACUGUUAGCGACUUCGAGAACGCUAUCUCUGUGGCCUAUGACAAGGGCCAUUCGCAUGUCGUCGAUUACCUAGCGUCUAUGAUUUACCAGGCAGAAAAGGACACAUAUGGUGAUGAUAGUAUGACUACUGGCAGCCCGUCCGGACAGACAAGGUCGCGCUCUUCCAGCAAAAGUCACAAGAAGAACUCGCUAGAACAAGAAAAUAAAUCGCUCAAACAGAUGAAUGCCAAGCUGAAUGAAGAGGUCGAAAGGCUGCGAGCUACAGACAAGCGGCGGCUACGCGAAACACCAAACGAUGCUGAGCUGGAGGCAAGAAUUCAGGAACUGGAGCGCGAAAACGAUAUGCUGCGCCAGACAAUCCAAAAGAGAGACACUGGCAAUAGCUCUAAGCAUGGCGACAACUUGGACGCUAAGUAUGACGAUCUUUGGCAUCAGAAAGAGAAGCUUGAGCAGGAGCUAGAGCACACUCGCAGAAAUCUGGAGGAGGCAAAGUCAGCUUACAAUCGUGUCGAUGAUACGGAGGUCACGGCCCUCCGAGCUGAGCUGAUAGAAGCUAGGGAAAUUCAGGAGCAGCGAACGCAGACGAUCUCAACACUAAACAGGCAGAUCGAUGACAUGCGAAGAGAGCUAGAUUAUUUGCGUGGAGACAACAAAGCCACGCGUGGAGAUGCAGAGAACAUGGCCACCAGCGCGUCCCAGUUGGCAGGAGAGCUUCAGGACGCUCGUCAUGAAAUAGACAGACUGAAUACCACAAUCACCGAGCUCAGACAAGCUGGGAAUCGCAAUCCAUACGAUUCGAAUAUGGCUGUCCUUCAGCAAGGCCACGCCCAGAUGCAGGACAUUCAGGCCGAGAACAGAGCGCUGAAGCAGGAGCUUGACUACUAUAGAAACAUGCAAGCCAAUCAGCCACCGUAUCCUGGCUUGGCAGCACAGUCCUCGAUGACACACUCUUUUAGGGACUACACUUCACAAGAAAAGGUAGACCUUAACGGCCCACAUGUAAUAAGAUCAAAGCAGGAUCCAGAGAGGGAGCGGACGCUCGACCUACUUCGGUUAGAAAAUGCAGAUCUGCGUGAGGUCAUAAGGAUGCGCGUGAACCCUGUAGCCUUAGACACUGACCCAGAGUCCAUUGAUGGGAAAAUACUUCGGUUAGAUAAGCUUAGGGUCGAGAAUGAUCUUCUUAGGCACGAAAUCCUGCUUAAGCACUCAAUUCUUACCCUCAACAUGGAGAAGGAUCUUCAGACCAUCCGAGCAGAAAAUGUUCUUCUGCGCGACGCGCUUCGGUCCCGCACCUCUACAUAUGUCCCUCAGGAUCUUAUUGACCAACUCACUCGACAGAAUGACAUUAUUGCAGCGGAGAACAUAGAAUAUAGGCGUGCCAUUGGCCAAGCAGCUUCUGUGCACCAGCCGUCAUACCAAGACGGAUAUUCGCCUACUCUCAACCCCACUCUGCAUGGAAAUGGCGGAUCCAUACCACCAGCAGUUAUCCAGGAGAUAGAGUCUCUGCGGCAGGAGAAUCAGACACUCAAGCAUCAACUGGCGACUGCACAGCUUGCCCCUUCGGUAGAAACUUUACAUAGCACGCAACUUGUACAGCCCAACCACCCACCACUUGAGCUUCAGCGCGAGCUGGAUAGACUCACAAAUGAGAAUAUCGAUUUGCGCUCCACAAUUCAUCGUCUUCAGAGCAAUCAGAAUCAACCCCUUGGUAACUCAGUGUCAGACGCAACAGAGAUCAGCAUGCUGCGCUCAGAAAAUGCUAGCCUCAGAGAGGCCAUGCGCACUCAGGUGCAUGACACUAGCACAGGACUGCUUCACAGCCUCACUACAGAGAUUGAGACGUUAAAGCAGGAAAACAUUAUGCUCAAGAAUGCCCUUCAUAACCAGCCACCUCCACCACAGCCCCAAUCUGUCAUCACUAAUGUUGUUCCUCCGGAGACCACCUACGAGCUUGAAAGACUCAGAAACGAAAAUGUGACACUCAAAGUUGAGCUAGAUAAAACGCGCGCUAGCCUAAUGACAGAGAUAAACUCCCGUACUAUGCAGAGCCAGGCCUCCUCCCAGCAUCUUUUAACCGAGCUGGACACAUACAAAGCGCAGAUUCAGCGUCUUGAGCGCGAGAAUGAACUACUCAGGUCCCUUCCACCUCAAAACAUGGGCAUGAUGGGGACAAACGGGCCCAUGCAAAUCGUUAUUCCAGGCCUUACACCAAAUCGCGAGAACGUUAAGCGGGACGCUGAUGGAAACACCAACCUUAUCCGUGCUGUUAAAAAUAACAACAUGGACCUUGUUCGCCGAUUCUGGCCUGUCGAAGCUGGAGUCCAAAAUAACAGAGGCGAAUCUGCUCUGAUGACCGCAAUAGAAAUGAACAACACAGACGCAGCCCUAAUGCUUGUUGAAAGGGAGUCCGGGCUUCAGGAUGCGACGGGCCGCUCGGCGCUCAUGUGUGCCGCUGAACGGGAUAAUUACGAGGUUGCAGUCGAGCUUGCGCAACAUGAGCAGGGCUUGAAAAUGCCAGAUGGUACAACUGCACUCAUGAUAGCAGCAUCCAAGAACCAUGUGCGGAUCUGCAAGCUACUUUCGGAGCAAGAGGGUCAGAUGCGGAACACAGAGGGCAACACGGCUCUGCACAUUGCUGCAAAUCUUGAUCACGCAGAAGCAUGCGCAGUACUUGUGGAGCAUGCAGGGCUCAUUAAGGACAAGGCGGGCCAUCUUGCCCUUCACAAUGCGUGCAUCAGAGGGAAUAAGAACGCAGCCCGCGCUCUCUAUCGCAAAGAGAAUGGCUUCCAUCAGUUUGAUGGUUGGACUCCGUUGAUGGGUGCAGCGGCCAUUGAUGACAUGACAGAGCUUCGGUUCUAUCUUGAGAACUACGUCGGAAUGAAGGACAAGGAUGGCAUGACUGCGCUCAUGUAUGCUGCGGUUUGCAACAAUCCCAAUGCCAUUCUGCAGCUCUUGGAGAGGGAAUCAGGAAUGCGCACUAACAAGGGCUACACCGCGCUCAUGCUUGCAGCUGAGAAAAAUAACGUCAAUGCGGUGCAGGUCCUCAUGCCCAAGGAGGCUACAAUUAUGAACAACGAACGGGAAACGGCCCUGAUGAUCGCAUCUCGGGCAGGUGCCACAGAGUCUGCACGCAUCCUGGUGCCCACAGAGGGUGGCAUCCGCAUGCUGGAUGGAACGUCCGCACUUAGACUCGCGCUCGAUUACAACAACCAAGAACUAGCCCGGUUCUUAGCAGAGCGAGAAGGGAUUGCUGUGGGCCAACUCACGCGUGACUUCCACGGCCGAACAGAUCUCAUGCGCGCCGCAGAAGAGGGAGACGCCGUAUCGGUUUACUGUCUGUUGCCAAGUCAGGGCGGACUUGUUGAUGUCGACGGGAAGACGGCGCUCAUGUACGCCUGCGAGCGUGGGCAUGUUCAGUGUGCAAGGCUGCUCAAGGAGAAGGAAGCAAGGAUGCGCCGGACGAUGCGCGACUCAUGGGAGGGUCAGACGGCGCUUAUGUUUGCAGCGCAGGCAGGAAGUGUGGAGAUCGUAGACCUGCUAAUCGACGUUGAGGGAGGCUGCUCUUGCGCCAACGGAUGGACUGCUCUGAUGAGCGCAGCCAGAUUCAACAAGGUGGCAUGUGUUGAGGCGCUCCUGGACCGCGAGGCGCGCAUGCAGACAAAUGAGCGGUUCGCUGCUGGGGCAGGAUACACGGCCCUUAUGGCUGCCGCAGAAUGGUCGUUCAUUAAGUGUGUGCGCGCACUGCUUCCUCGCGAGCAUGAUAUCAGGCACUCCAGCGGAAAGACCGCGAUAGACUUUGCGAAGACGAGCACCAUCCUCGAGUGCAUCAACAACUACCGUCCUUAG